AUGCCAACUGCACACUCUCAAGUGACCCACCAAACCGCGUCUCCUCAUCCGUCGGGCUCUCCUCUGAAUGCGGCUCAACGUGGCAAGAGGGGAGGCAAGGGCAGAAGGAACAACUCCAAGUUCCUAGCGCCUGUGCAAGAGGGACAAUCUUUUGUUCCUUGGAACAAUUCCCAGUCUGGUCAUACUACGAGGGUUAUCAACCAGUUCCCACAUCAGCCUACUGCUUCGGGGAGUGGUUCGCAACAGACAGCUGAAGGGACUCAAGCUCCAGGUCCAGGCGGUGGUCCCCAGGUCAAUAGCAACUAUAAGGGGAAAAAACCCUGGAAACCGGCGGGAGAAGUGGCCAAAGAUAACACCUUGACUACCAACAGGUGA